CACUCACUAUCUCUCUCUAGACAAGCUUCUUGUGUGAGAGGGAUAAUCCCCCUCAAAUAUUUCUCUCCAUAUAUAGCAAACCUUUACACCAACAUUUGCCGUUUAUAGUUUUUGCAUUACUAAGCGAAUAUGGAUGUCUACGCACUGCAGUCAGCACCAGAAGUAUUUCGGAUUGAUGAUCUUCUUGAUUUCUCCAACGAAGAGAUCUUUUCCUCCUCUGGUAGCUCCUCUAAAACCACCGAUUUCGACCUCAAUCAUCACUAUCAACCACCUCCUACCGACAAUAUUGCUGGUAGUUACUAUGAUGGUCUUCCCAGUUCCGCUGACUUCACCGACAAACUCUGCGUUCCUAGUGAUGAUGUAGCGGAGUUGGAAUGGCUAUCAAACUUCGUGGAAGACUCAUCCAAUAAUUACCCUUCAAAUACCUUAACUGGAACGAUGAAUCUCAAUUCCAACAACAACACUACAUUAUUGCACGGCAAAUCAAGAAGCAAACGUUCAUGUGCAACCACUACUGCAAACACUAGUUGGGCUUCCUCACUCCAACAACAGGCCCACAACAAUAAGCCCACGCACGAAAAGCCCAAUCAUCAAGAUCCACAACACAACAACAAUGGGCCCAGAAAGUGCACCCACUGUGCAUCUGAGAAAACACCACAGUGGCGGACGGGCCCAUUGGGCCCGAAAACACUAUGCAAUGCCUGUGGUGUUCGGUACAAAUCGGGCCGGUUGGUACCUGAAUAUCGUCCGGCGGCAAGCCCGACUUUCGUGCUGACUCAGCAUUCGAAUUCUCACAGGAAAGUAAUGGAACUCCGACGACGUAAAAGAGGUUAUUGAUCAACAACAACAAGGAAUGUACGGACAUCACUAUCAGGUCUGUUGACGUCAUCUGUAUGCCACGUGUCACCAUCAUCAAGCUGACGUGGAUGCCUUUCUUUUUUCUUUUUCUUUUUUUCCCUUUAAAGGACUUUAUCGUCACUUUUCUAAUUUUGUUGCUGCCACUUUAAAGGAAUUUGAGGAUUAUCACUUUCACAAUUUCUUUUAGAUUUAGUAUUUCAUAUCUUAUCUAUUAAAAAUUAAUUUAAUGCAGUGAUGGAAUUAAACAUUAUUUAUACAUAAUCAAGUUUAAAGAUAGGGGUAAAGUCUGCGUACACCACAUCCUUCCCAGACUCACUUGGUUGAUCACAUCGGGUAUAUUGUUGUUAUU